AUGAAGCGCAAGCUCGACCACAACGGAGUCCCGUCCUCCCCGGAGCCGGAGCCGCAAAAGCGCAGCAGGUCUGAGCCGUGCCCGGAUGCCGACCUCUCCUUCGCGGACCUGGGGCUAGACCCUCGCCUAGUCCAAGCAGUUGCCGAGCAAAACUUCCUGAAGCCCACGUUGGUGCAGCAGCAAGCGAUUCCCCUGGCCCUGAACGGCAAAGACGUCCUCUGCAAAUCCAAGACGGGCUCCGGCAAGACGGCCGCCUACGUGCUGCCCCUCCUCGCCGGCAUACUGAAGAGGAAAAGGGUCGAUGCCAGCUCCGCAACGUCGGCGCUGAUUUUGGUCCCGACUCGCGAACUCGCCGACCAGGUUUUCAAAGUCAUCGAGCAGUUCUCCUCGUUCUGCGCCAAGGACGUCCGGGCGGUCAAGCUGACCGACAAGCUCUCCGACGCCGUGCAGCGGUCUCUGCUGUCCACGUCUCCGGACGUCGUCAUAUCGACGCCCUCGAGAGCAUGGCACAACGUCAACUCGAACCAGUCUGCCCUGUCCCUGGCCAAGCUUACCCACCUGGUCCUGGACGAAGCCGACCUGCUGCUGUCGUACGGAUACGACGAGGAUCUGGAGAAGCUGUCGUGGUCGAUUCCCAAAACCGUCCAGACAAUCAUGAUGAGCGCCACCCUCACAGCGGAGGUGGACUCGUUGAAGAAGACCUUUUAUCGCAGCAACGCGCCCGCCCUGCUGGACCUGGAAGAAGCCGACGCGGACGGACCAGGCGUGACGCAGCUGGUCACCAAGUGCGGAGAAGACGAAAAGUUUUUGCUGGCGUACGUCAUCUUCAAGCUGCAGCUGGUCAAGGGCAAGUGCAUCAUCUUUGUCGGCGACGUGGAUCGAUGCUACCGAUUGAAGCUGUUUUUCGAGCAGUUUGGCAUCCGAAGCUGCAUUCUGAACUCGGAACUGCCCGUCAACUCGAGAAUCCACGUCGUCGAAGAGUUCAACCGCAACGUCUACGACAUCAUCAUUGCCUCGGACGAGAAGGAGGUCCUGGGCAACGAGGGGAAAGCAAACCAGGAGACGGAGGACGAGGAGGCCCAGCCAGACAAAGGGGACGGCUCCGACGCGAAGAAGCAGCCGCAGCGGUCGAGCAAGACGCCCAAGGGCGCAAAACGAGACAAGGAGUAUGGUGUUUCCAGAGGCAUCGACUUCAAAAACGUUGCGGCCGUCAUCAACUUUGAUCUCCCGACCUCGGCUUCCUCGUACACCCAUCGAAUCGGCCGCACUGCACGGGCCGGCAAGGCCGGCAUGGCCCUGUCCUUUGUCGUGCCCAAGGAGCUGUUCCGCAAACACAUGCCCACGUCGAUCCCCAGCGCGGAAAAGGACGAAAAGGUCCUGGCAAGGAUCACGAGGCAGCAGGCCAAGAAGGGCAAGGAGAUCAAGCCGUACAACUUUAACGCAAAGCAGGUGGAGGCGUUCCGGUACCGCAUGAACGAUGCCCUUCGGGCCGUUACGAAAGUGGCCGUCCGCGAGGCGAGAACUCGCGAGCUGCGCCAAGAGCUCCUCAAGAGCGAAAAGCUGAAGAGGUACUUUGAAGAGAACCCCAGCGAGAUCCAUCAUCUCCGUCACGAUGGAGAGUUAAGGACCGCCAGGCAGCAGGCCCACUUGAAACACGUGCCCGAGUAUCUCCUGCCCCAGGACGGGAACAAGGGGCUCACCGCGGACGAGGUUGGCUUCGUGCCGCUCAGGAGGUCGAGCAAGCUGCGAGGACAGCGCAAGGGAAAGGGGGCAAGGCGGGGCGGAUUCCGGGGCGGUGCCAGGAAGGGGGAUCCGCUCAAGACGUUUAAAGCUAGGCGGAAGGCAAGGUGA